AUUAAGCCGAGGUAUAUACAUAAACAUAUCCAUAUUGAUAUCCGAAUCCAACCUCUGGUUCUGCAGAAGAAGGGAGAGGCAAGGAUGAAGAGAGUGGGAGUGGUCGGUGCGGGGAUUAGUGGUCUGGUCUGUGCAUAUGAACUGGCAAAAGCAGGAGUUCAAGUGGUGGUUCAUGAGAAAGAAGACUACUUGGGAGGCCAUUCCAGGACUGUCAAUGCUGAUGGCUUUGAUCUUGACUUGGGCUUCAUGGUCUUCAAUCGGGUGACGUAUCCAAACAUGAUGGAGUUAUUCGAGAGUUUGGGAGUUGACAUGGAACUAUCAGACAUGUCGUUUGCUGUGAGCCUUGACAAAGGCCGAGGUUGCGAAUGGGGCAGCCGAAACGGUUUCUCCGGCUUAUUUGCCCAGAAAACAAACAUCCUCAACCCUUACUUCUGGCAAAUGAUUCGUGAAAUCGUCAGCUUCAAGCAUGAUGUUCUAAGCUAUCUUGAUAUGCUUGAGAAUAACCCAGAUAUUGAUCGCAAUGAGACUUUGGGCCAGUUCGUCAGCUCAAGGGGUUACUCUGAACUGUUCCAAAAAGCUUACCUUAUUCCAAUCUGUGGUUCGAUUUGGUCCUGCCCCUCUCAAGGAGUUAUGAGCUUUUCUGCUUUCUCAGUUCUCUCAUUCUGUCGCAACCAUCAUCUACUUCAGCUCUUUGGCCGGCCCCAAUGGCUUACUGUCAAAGGGCGCUCACACAACUACGUUAGAAAGGUCAAAGAGGAGCUUCAAAAUAGAGGUUGCCAAAUAGUAACCAACUCUGAAGUAAUAUCAGUUUCAACCUCUGAAAAAGGAUGCGUUGUGCUAUGCAAUGAUGGUACGCAAGAAAUCUAUGAUGGAUGCAUAAUGGCCGUACAUGCCCCUGAUACUUUGAAGAUAUUGGGUGACCAAGCAACAUUUGAUGAGAGGAGAAUCCUUGGAGCUUUUCAGUACGAGUACAGUGAUAUUUUUCUUCAUCGUGAUAAAAAUUUAAUGCCCAAAAACCCAGCAGCAUGGAGUGCCUGGAAUUUCUUGGGAGAUACUAGCAAUAGAGUGUGCGUGACAUACUGGCUCAAUAUUCUUCAGAACUUGGGAGAAACAAGUCUACCAUUUCUUGUAACUCUGAAUCCUGAUCACACGCCACAAAAUGCGUUGCUUAAGUGGUCAACUGGCCAUCCACUCCCUUCUGUCGCUGCGUCAAAAGCUUCAUCUGAAUUAGAUCUCAUUCAAGGGAAAAGAAGAAUCUGGUUCUGUGGCGCCUACCUAGGUUAUGGAUUUCAUGAGGAUGGAUUAAAGGCUGGCAUGACUGCAGCACAUGGGGUUCUUGGAAGAUGUUAUCCCCUUAUAAGCAACCCAAAACACAUGGUACCUUCUUGGACAGAACUGGGCGCUCGACUUUUUGUGACCAGAUUCCUGAAAUCAUAUAUCUCUGCUGGGUGUUUAAUUUUAUUAGAGGAAGGAGGGACAAUGUUCACCUUUGAGGGACAAGGGAAAGGGAGCCUAUUAAAAAGUGUUAUCAGGGUCUACACUCCUCGUUUCUACUGGAAGGUUAUGACACAAGCUGAUUUAGGCCUUGCAGAUGCAUACAUCAACGGGGACUUUUCAUUCGUUGAUCAAGACGAGGGCCUUUUAAACUUCUUUUUGAUUCUCAUAGCGAACAGAGAUUCAGAUGCUACAACUUCUGAUUUUGAUGGCUUUAGGGGUUGGUGGACACCGGUUUUAUUCACAUCUUGCAUAGCGUCUGCAAAGUUCUUCAUUGAGCAUGUUUCAAGGAAAAAUAAUCUUACACAGGCUCGAAGGAACAUCUCUAGGCAUUAUGAUCUGAGCAAUGAACUCUUCGCUCUUUUCUUGGAUGAAACGAUGACUUACUCAUGUGCUGUGUUUAAGAAUGAAAACGAAGACCUAAAAGGUGCACAGAUGAGAAAAAUCUCGCUUCUGAUUGAAAAAGCAAGAAUAGGAAAAAAACAUGAAAUUCUUGAGAUAGGAUGCGGAUGGGGCAGCUUAGCCAUUGAAGUUGUCAAACGAACUGGUUGCAGUUACACUGGCAUAACAUUGUCCAAGGAGCAACUGAAAUUAGCAGAAAAGAGAGUUAGAGAUGCUGGGCUUCAGGACAAUAUCAAAUUUCUUCUGUGUGAUUAUCGCCAAUUACCCAAGACAUGCAAAUUUGAUAGGAUUAUAUCUUGUGAGAUGAUAGAAGCUGUUGGUCAUGAAUAUAUGGAAGAGUUCUUUGGUUGUUGUGAAUCAAUAUUGGCUAAAGAUGGACUUUUUGUUCUGCAGUUCAUAUCAAUACCGGAUGAGCGUUAUGAUGAGUACAGACGCAGUUCAGAUUUUAUAAAGGAGUAUAUUUUUCCAGGCGGUUGCUUACCCUCUCUGAGCCGAAUAACAUCAGCUAUGGCAGCUGCAUCUAGAUUCUGUGUGGAGCACAUAGAAAAUAUAGGAAUUCAUUACUACCAAACGCUAAGGUGGUGGAGGAAGAACUUCAUGAAAAGGCAGAAUGAAAUCCUGGCUCUUGGAUUUAAUGAGAAGUUCAUUCGGACAUGGGAGUACUACUUUGAUUACAGUGCAGCAGGUUUUAAGUCUCAUACACUCGGGAAUUAUCAGGUGGUCUUUUCACGCCCUGGGAACACUAGUGCGUUCAGAGAUCCGUACAAAAGUUGGCCCUCAUCUUGAUUUGAUUCUCAGUGAAGCAAAAUCUUCGCGUUCAAGCAAAGUUAGAGCUAGCUGAAUCAUUGAACUUCCAUGGCUCUCAUAUUCGAUAAAAUUUUCAUUUAUUACAUUUGCAGAGUGAAUUGUAUCUAGCCUUCUAUUUUGUGCUGUCAACCCAUUCGACAUUCUUUUCAAUAGCUUUAAUUUCUUUAUUAUGGCAUGUGUCUGAUCAGGAGAUAUUUGUUUGUUUGGGGAGACUAUAGAUUUAUUGAUCAUCUUUUUAUUAUU